UUACCCCCCUGAUCCCAUCCCACUCUUAAAAGCUCGUCCAUCUGCAGACCACCCCAUCCCUCCAUUCCCUCUACAGACUACAUGAACGAGAGAGACGAGACAGGUCUUACAAGAACGAGAGAGGAGACAGGUCUAAAGGUCUAACAGUCUUCAGGUCUAAAGGUCUACGGACUACAGGAAUAAGAGAGAGGAGACAGUUCUAUAGGAAUGAGAGAGAGGAGACAGGACUACAGAUUACAGGAAUGAGAGAGAGACAACAGGUCUACUGGUCUAAAGGUCUAUAGACUACAGGAACGAGAAAGAGAAGACAGGUCUAAAGACUACAGGAACUACAGGUCUAAAGGUCUACAGACUACAGGAAAAAGAGAGAGGAGACAGGUCUACAGGUCUACAGGACUACAGGAACAAGAGAGAGGAGACAGGUCUAGAGACUACAGAAACGAGAGAGAGGAGAUAGGUCUAAAGACUACAGGAACUAAAGGUCUACAGACUACAGGAACGAGAGAGAGGAGACAGGUCUACAAGCCUAAAGGUCUAAAGACUACAGAAACGAGAGAGAGGACAGGUCUACAGGUCUGCAAGUUUACAGGUCUAACAGUCUACAGUUCUAAAGGUCUACAGACUACAGGAACAAGAGAAAGGAGACAGGUCUACAGGUCUAUAGACUACAGGAACAAGAGAAAGAGGAGGAAGAAACUACAGCACUACAGGUUCACGCCGAGAGCUUCUCUUCCACCUCUAAGGAAGCUAUGAGCAGCUUCGGCUACAGACGGGAGCUCAGUAAAUACGAGGAUUUGGAUGAAGAUGAGCUGCUGGCCUCUCUGACGGCUGAGGAGCUCCAGGAGCUGGAGAAAGAGCUGGUGGACAUCGAUCCAGAUGAUAACGUCCCUAUUGGACUAAGACAGAAGGACCAGACGGCUAAAACCCCCACGGGUACCUUCAGUCGAGAAGCUCUGCUAAAAUACUGGGAGAAUGAGACCCGUAAGCUUCUGGAAGAUGAACGGAUGGGAUCCUCCAGCCCUCAGGGUGAAGAGAAAAAUGAAAAAGAAGAAUGUGUGACAGAAAGUAACAGCGAGGAAUCAGAAGAUGAAAAAGAAUCUGCCGAGGAGAACGAAAAAAGCAAAGUAUGUACUGAGCAUAAGAACGAAGAGGAAGAAGAAGAAGAUGAGGAGGAGCCCGUGACUGAAGAGGAGGAAGAGGAUGAGGAAGACGAAGAAGAGGAUGAAGAAGAAGAGGAUGAAGAUGAAGAAGAAGAAGAGAUAAAGAAAGCAGAAGACAAAGAACAAGAGUGUGCUCCUCCGUUAAAUCUUUAUAAUGGUCAUUCAACUCUUCAUCCAGAGGAGCCUCUCCAGAAGAGGCGUUCCCCAACGGACCCCAGUGGUCUUAGAGCUCAAGAUUCCAGCCAAGCGUCUGGAAACCCAACGGUGGUGGACGAAGCUCUGGAGAAGAUCCUCAGUAAUGACCCUGACACCACCGAGGUCAACCUCAACAACCUCGACAACGUUUCACAGGAAUCUCUGAUUCGUUUCGCGGAAGCUCUUCGCUCUAACGCUCACGUGCGAAUCUUCAGCCUCGCCAACACUCACGCGGACGACCACGUGGCCUUCGCCAUCGCCAAAAUGCUGAGGGAGAACUCCCACAUCACAAACCUCAACAUCGAGUCUAACUUUAUCUCAGGAAAGGGCAUCUUAUCAUUGGUGCAAGCCCUCACACGCAACGGCACGCUAACAGAGCUACGCUUCCAUAACCAGCGCCAUAUUUUGGGAGGUCAGGUGGAGAUGGAGAUAGUGAAGCUGCUGAAGGAGAACACCACUCUGCUCAAACUGGGCUACCAGUUCGAUUUACCGGGCCCUCGCAUGAGCAUGACCAGCAUCCUCACUCGCAACCAGGACCGACAGAGGCAGAAGAGAAUGCAGGAACAACGUCAGCAGCAAGGGGGCGCAGCGACCAAUCCAGCGACCAAUCCAAUCAACCCUCGCACCAGUAUCCUGCAGAGGAGCACCCCAACGUCUUCCCCUUACGGUUCACCUCGGGGUUCACCAUGGUCUUCUCCGAAGCUUCCUCGCAGCUCAACAUCUGAUCUGGCGAAGAAGAACACUCCUCCUCCACCACCUCCUCCUCCUCCACGUCCUUCAGUCCUUGCACCACCGAACCUACUUCCACCACCACCUCCACCACCACCACCUCCACCUCCUCCCCCACCUCCUCCUCCAUCAUCUCCACCCAAAUCCGUCCAAAAGAAUGCUGCAGAGAAGAAAGCUCCCACCAGAAAGAUCGCAGAGGUCAUCAAACUACACGAGUCCAGCUCCAAAGACCAGGAUCAGCUUCAGACUCAAGGCAAGACCAAGACUAAGACCAAGACCAAGACUAAGAAAGGGAAGAAGAAGGUGCCUAAGGAAAAGGAGACGGAGAGCAUCCUGAAGGAACUGAAAAACGCCCUGAGGCCGAUCGCUGACCGAGAGAGUUCCAGACCUUCCACGCCUCAGCGCUCAGCUCACGACGAACUCAUGAAUUCCAUCCGAUCCAGCAGCAUCAAGACUCUCAAAAGGGUGGAACUUCCCAAAUAUCUCCGGUAACAAAACAUGAAGGACAGCCAGGUUUAAAUAUCAUUUGCAGAGUAAAACACCAUCAUCAUCCACAGUCUCUGUGUUACUCUCAUAAACUGUGGUGAAUCAGUCGUGGAAGAUGAUGAGAAGAUUGAAGAUCUUCCUCUUUUCCUUCACAUGGUAAUUUCUCUAAACACUUAUGGACACAAGAGAGCAGGACGUCCAUCAGUUUACACUACUUGUUGUUUGAUCUCAGAAAUAGUGAGUGCAAUAGUGAGUUUAUUGUAAAGGAAGUUGUUGGUUUUUUAUUUAUUUUUAUAUGAAUCUGAUUCUGAGUUCUGCUUUUACAGCACAUUGAAGGAGCAAUAUAUCAUUUCCUGAAGUUCAUUUAUAUUUCAUAGUUCUUUUUAGUGUUGAUUAGCUACUUAUUUCGAGUUGAGUCAUGUCUGUAAAAAUGUAAAUAAUUGCUUUGAUGUGCUUUAAACAUUAAAUAUUUGAUUGUGA